AAGGACAAUUGUGAACACGGGCCACUGCAAGGAACAACCAGGCCUCCUGGAAUUUUGUCCAAACCACGACUUCUUGUAUUCCUUUCACAGAUCUUUACGAGUAACAGAAACACAGAAGAUGGAAUUGGCUGCAAUCAUUUUUGUUGGUUUUCUUGGAGUGUGUUGUGGUCAGUACGAUACAUACUACUGCAAGUAUCUAACCAACGCCAAUUGUGUAACCAAGCCAGAAGAUCUCCAGUGUGGAACAGAUGGGAAUACCUACUACAACGAUUGCGACCUUUCUAAGGCCCACUGCAGGGACAACAGCCUUCACAGAAAAUUCAAGGGACCCUGUCCCAAUAGUGCCGCCACUACUACUGCCAAACCCGGCAACGUAGUCACCAACGGACCCACCCAGAAACCAAUGAAUGGAUCAGAAAUCGCUUUUAAUAUAUUUUGUCUGGAUUUAUUUCACCAUGACUGCACCAAUGAAGUGCCGCAAGUUUUGUGCGCAUCUAACGGACAAACAUAUCAAAAUUUGUGUGAAUACGAGAAGUCAAAAUGCACUCACAGAGACUUACAUAUUGUAAAAAAUGCUCCAUGUACACAAUAAAUGAAUGCAAGCAUU